AUGUCCGUUUCGUCCUUUAUCCACUCUACGGCCUUUCCAGGUGACUCUUGCACUUUUUGCCAGCAUCGAUCACGAGGUGGACAGACGCCGAUCGAUAAUUACUUUGUUUUAGCAUUCAACGACAUUACGGCUGGACAAUGUGGCUGUGAUCGGCCGGCAAAGCCACGUGAGUCAGCGGCCAAUUUGACUCAAUUUGUAGAAUGA